UCAAUUAAAUUAUAAUUGGAAUUCUAAUUGAUUAUAUUUGGUUGGGUGUGUAAUGCGUUUCUUAGUUUUAGUUUUUUUAAUUAAUUUUAAUAUAGCGUACGGGUGAGUAACAGUAGUUUUAAUGGAAUUUUCAUAAUCUAUUUCAUUGAUGAGCUCGCGUGUUCUUUCGAUAUGGUUGAUUUGAGGAAAUGAGCUAAUUUAAACGUGAAAUUUAUUAGUGUUUUCCAAUUAUUGAAAUGGGUUAAAUGAUAUUGUCUUGUCAAGACUUUGGAAAAUAUAAGUGAAAUGAUAACAUAUGGGAUGUGAUUUGGGUGAUGAUUGAGUAUUAAGUAUAUCACAAGAUAUGCCUUGAAGAGAACAUGACACUUAGUCAGAAUGGGUUGCGGAAUCAGAGUGCUGUUAAAGCAAUUUUGGGAAGAAAUUGCAGAAACUCAAAAACUACAAUAAAAUAAUGAAUUUAGACUUUGUUGAACAAUUGAGUUUUUUAGUUUUUUUUAUAUUUGAUGGCAUGAUUGUAUUUCUUUGACCAGAAUAUUAGGCGGCUAUGACAUCAGAAUUCGCCAUGCACCCUACCAGGUGAACUAUGGGGAUGUUUGUGGUGGAGCUCUCAUACACAAGAAAUGGGCACUUACUUCAGCGCACUGUGGCUCAGACCACAACUUCAUCAGGAUCGGAAGCAGUUAUCGACUGAAAGGCCCAAAAGUGAUGAUCCUGUCACACUCAAUCCAUCCAAUGUUUGGUCAUGAACAUAAGUUUGACUACGACGUUCAGUUAUUGAAGUUAUUCAGAGGUCUUUACAUUAGUAAGCUGGUGUCUCCCAUCAUCAUCAGUGGGGGAGAAUGUGGUGAAAACAUUUAUGUGUCUGGAUGGGGAUAUCCUCAGGAGAAGGGCGAAUAUCAAGAUACCCUUCAGCAGGCGAGGAUGGGAAUAGUCUCCAUGGAAGAAUGCCAGGAAGUUGAACAGUCCUGGUACAACCAUACUCUUACAAGCAGGAUGUUCUGUGCUGGUGGAUGGAGUCAGGAUGCGUGUCAGGGUGACAGUGGUGGUGCAGCAGUUUCCUUCGGCCGGCUCGUCGGCCUCUCGUCCUUCGGCUUUGGCUGUGGCCGAAAAUUACCCGGCGUCUACGCUAAUGUGUCAGAGAAAAAUAUUAGGGAAUGGAUACGGUAUUAUACUGGUAUUUAAAUGUAUAGAUGUGGUUUAAUUUAAUGACAAUUGUGAUGACUAUCGGUGUACCAGUUUCUCUAUUUCUUGUUUAUAGUACGGGGAGACAGUUUUUGAAAUAACGAUGCAAAAAUAGUAUCAAAAAUGAUUCAGACGUUUAAUAGUGCAGCGGUAUCAACCAUCAAUUCACAAACCAGCAUUUCUUUAUAUGUUAAGAUUUACGUUUAUUAUGCCUAAGUUGAACGCAACGUAUAAAAGUAGGCUAUUGUAAGGGAUCUGUACUAAAAGGGUAAAAUCUCUUCAUCUGUCUGUCAGUCCGUAAGACACCAGGCUGUAUCUCAUGAAUCGUGGUAACAAGACGGUAGAAAUGGUCACCGAUGAUGUGUUUAUACUACGG